UCACCCUUGGUAUGGGGAGAAGCUCUGCCCUGCGGCGGGUGACACAUGCUGCAGAUCCCAUCUUGGGGUGGGGGUGGGGGGUAGGAAGUGGCAUCCAUGGCUGCCUCGGAGCACCAGAAUGGCCAGAAUUAGCUUGCCUGCAAGCAAAAACCGGCCCUUGCCAACAAGCUGCUUUUGAACAUGUGGGCACUCCAAAGCAAUAGACAUGGGUUUUACAAAAAAAAAAAAAAACUGCAGUCAUGGUGGGGGUAUGACCAUGGCCAUGUACAGCCUACAGGGGCCAAAAGGGGCCAUAGAGAGAGAAAAAAAACCCUGGACAUCUUCCAGUUGCCCUUCCAAGAUCUGCCUUUUGGGAGGAACUGACAGAUGAUUAUGUGAAGCCCAGCCCAUUCUGUUAUUACAGCAUGGUCCAUGAAACCUCAUCUCCUUAUUGGCUGAGAAGGAUGUGAUCAGAAUCUGGCUUCUGUAUUUUGGAGUGGGCAAGGAUGAGCAGAAAGCAUUUCUUUGCCAAGCAUCAUGGCUUCUGCCUGAGUGGGGUCCUGCAGCCUGUCGAAGUUGUCUUCUCUUCUGGGCUUCCUGCACCUGGUGUUGCCUUCAGCUUUUUUGGCCUGUAACUCCCAUAAUCCCUCAGUGUUAGGCAUGCUGACUGGGGCUGAUGAGCAUUGUAGCCAAAGACAGCUGGGGGACACUCCGUUCAUUGUGCCUGGCCUGCUGGGUAACACUGCAGGACGAUACAAGCAAGGUCUCCGUAUUUCUGCUGGCUCAGCUUUCAUUCUUAAAAUGACUACUCACUGAUUAAAGUGUAACUCACAGAGUGAUGCUAUGUAGACCCUAGCUAUGACCGCAGAAAAGCUUUCCUAACAAACCCUUGGCUUUUGGACAUGUUGUUUACCUCAUGGAUUAUUUGGAUAGAAGUGCCUGAUCCUACCUAAUCUUGGAAACUAAGCAGAGUCUGGAUGGGAGGCCUGCACUGAGUAGGGGAGUGGACCCGGUGGCCCUCUAGGCCCCUUCCAACUGUAUGGUUCUGUGCACACUUCUGACUUAAGGAUUUCUUGCACAUUUUACAGUUACUUUGGGAUGGUGGCUGACGCAAGGAAGCAGGCUUUUGGGAUAUGGAUAGGCGACUUAUUGAAGGAAGUUGCUGGUUCCCUCUCUCUAGAAUCCAGAAAUAUUUGCUUUCAUGUGGUAACUGUGAUGGAAUUGCUUACCUUAGGAAGAAGACGGAAAGGUCAUAAAAGUGUAUAAACAUUGAAUUAACCUUUCAGGUUAUAUAGCCCUUUAUCAGUAAAUAUUUGCUGAAAGGGGAAAAAAUUCAGAGACCAUAUUGUCUUGGGGAAAUGCUAUUGAAAACAAUGUGAACAAAUGAAAACAAAUGCACAUCAUAAAAAUAGUGAUAUAAAUAAUAGAAAAGCUAUCUCAGUUUUCAAAAGUUCUGAGGAAUCAGUAGGUCUUGGCUGUUUCUGAAAAGUGGGGAGGGUAGAUAUACCCCUGUAACUACAUUUAACAGCAGAUAUUCCCUGGAGGAAGAACUCUGUGGCCUGAAGUUUAUCAAGACUUCAGCGGCUCUUUCAGAUUAAUCAGCUACCCAUGUGCCCUGAAGUUUCCUUUGUGUUAGGUUUUGGUGGCAUCCUAGUCCUUUGUGGCUACUGAGCUAAGAGGUACACAAAAGCAAGGUUCAGAAGCUGAAAUCUGGGUUGAGCGGAGCAGCCAGAAUCUAGGCUCAAAGGAACUAGGUGACAAGGAGGAGCAGGACUUACGAUGGGGUACCAAAGGUGAGGGAGCACAAGCAUUUGUGCGCAAAACAGUGAGCCAUGGGAGGGAUGAUAAUAUUGAAACUGAGGGAGGAAAUGUAUUUGGGGAGUGGUCAGUUCUUACUAAUCAUUGUGUGUAUUGUUGAGAUGUGCAGAAUGCUUUACAAUUCUUAUUUCAUUUGUUGCCUCCAUAAUCCUUUGUGGGAGGCCAUUACUGCAUAAUGUUGUUUUUUAGUGUUUCUUUCCAAAGACCCACAACACUCUUUGAAAUUAGCAAAGUGAAACAAUUAUUGGACAAUUGUGUAUGUGUUAUAUAGUUGUGAUUUGUUUUCUGCUGGUGUUUUUCUCCCCACCUUGCAGAAUUUCUAAUAAUUUGUUCUCUGUGUGUUCACUUUUUUGGAGACAGAGAGUGCUAGAAAAUAAGUAUUUGUAAGUAUGGAAAAAUGUGAGGAUAGCAAUAUUGCUAGGGAAAUAGGGACAGGGGCUCAAGUGUUAAUUGUUAGAUGGCUGAAAUAUCCACCUGAACAAUGCUUGUCUUUGUUUUUAUUAGCAAAAGUUGCCAAUACGUUUUCAGGUUUUCCUUGGCAACUUUUUGGCAUGCAAACUAUUGGCAGGCAAGGCUGUUGAACUUCUGUGCAACCUGUUGAACUCUGCAUGGGGUGUCAUUAUUAGUGUCCCUGGAAUUCAGUCAUAUUCAUGUAGAUUUCUAGAGGCUUCCUGAGAUUUUAUGCUCACCAGAACUGAUUCUAUAAAGUAGUGCCUUGGAUCCAAUAGAACAACUCAUUAAGGAAGUGGAGGAAGCAAAAGUGAUGUAUACACAGAGCUGAGCCAGUGCUUUUAGAAGUAGGUGUGCUUGUGUCUGUUGAGCGCAUUCAUAGCUAACACCUCAGGACUAUUGCAUAGCUAAGACUUUGUUUCUUUCACAGGCAGGCGAGAGGUAGCCGCAGGGUCCAGCUAGCAAUUCCCCAGGGCCCUGUUGCUCCAGUGAAGUGCUCACAGGGAGUGGUCUCUCACCGUGCAGUACACGCUCAAAGUUUCCCCGUGCUUAGGAGCCCUGGAAAGAGGUCACUGGUUGCUGCCUUGAGGAUUGAAAAGCAGAGAAGCUGGUUUGGGCAGGGCACUUGUCCAAUCCUCAGCUGCAGAUUGUGGGACUGCGGUUACUCAUUACCUGCCAGGAGGUGGGAGAGGCCGCCUGGGCUUGCUACCUAUUGGGUACGAAGGUUGUGCUGACUGUCGUCAGGCAGUUAGUCAGCAGCGUCCAAGGGGUGAGGCGUAGCAGAGGGAUGUUGCUGUGGAACUGAGCCCCCCGGGGAAGGGGGGGCACAUCAAGGGAACAUGUGCACUUACCCCAAAGCAAGAAGCAGGGAAGACUUGCCAGGGCAGGAGCCCCGCCUCCAGUUCUCUGACUGGGAGUAUGAGGAUUACGGCUCUGUCGGGAAAGAAGACAAGGGGGUUGGGCAGAAUGGCGGGGACUACAAUUGGGACAACAGACGUAGAACGACGGAGUUAUAUGGCACUACCAGGCCAGUGGGCAGGACUCGUGGUCCUUUCAGGAGGGGACCGAUCUGGUACAGUGACCAGGAAAGGACCAGGGGCUGUGUAAAUGAAGGCAGACAAGCUGUGGACCAGAAGAGGGUGAGCAGGAAUAACCUGUUUCCGGAGCAUGGGACAGCAGGUGGUGGUCUUCCAGAUGAAAGGGGCUAUCACACAGACAGUGAGAAUGCUGCCACAGUAGUCUACAGGAAGCCUCAUGACUGCGACAAGGAUGUGGACUUUAGAACUUCUAGGAUUAAGGACAAUUGGGGUAUGAACCACUGGAGAGAAAAUGGAAACUGUGGUGACUUGUACCCAGGUGGCCACAGCUUGGACUAUGAAAGCAAAGGUGGCAGGUGUGUGGACCAAAGCAGAACAGACAGGAAAUAUUGUGAGACCUCAGAAGAGCGGUAUACAUUGCAUGGAAGCUCCAGCCGUGCUCCCUGUUCAGGAGGGACUUCUGAGCGCUGCACUGUGGAUGACAGAAAUUUCUCUGUUGCCCAAGAAGAUCCGCGGCCCUGGUCCGUGGGCUGUGACAGCAGCAUCUGGGGGCUUAAACCUGGGUGUGAAAUGGCCAGGCUGCAGGACAGGACAGAUGAUGACUCCGGAGGGAUAGGUGCCGUGGCCGUCCAGCCCAGAGCAAUGGCUCUGCUAGGUGGAUGUCCAAGGACUCGUGCAGGGCGGUCAGACUGGAACCUGGAUGGGGAAGACAGAGCCAGCUGGGCAGAUGGCACAGAAGCCUGGCAGAGGAACAGCUGCUACAGACGCACGGCACCCGGUGCCUUCAGGCACCACAUAAAAGAAAAGCAAGGUCGGUAGGUGAGGAGAGAAGUGUGGGGAGAAGACGGCAUGUGUUUGGGCGUUCGCCAGCCCGCCCUGACACAAGCACCUGUGCUUACCACAGUCGUGGAGAAUGCCGUGUCGACUCUGUUAUUCAGAGAUUUUAUAAAGGUUAAUUUGGGGUUGUUUACUCUGAUUGAUGUUUGUGGGUUUUCUCCUCCCUGGCCAGCCUCCCCUGUGGUUUUGCCCUGCUCCCCCUGGUUGGGCCGGACAUGCACAAAUGACAGCCAUUCUUCCAAUAACGUUUGUGCUGUUCGGUCAGUGCAUGAGUGCCCUGUCAGGGGCACCGGCAUUAGUGGAGCUGCUCUGCCAUGGCCCUCGCUUCUGUGUGGGCCUGGCCUCUGAGUGAGUCAGGCUUUGAGCACAGAGCAGGAGCCUGAGCACCUCUUUAAAGCCACCCUUUGCACCCCACCCCACAGGUGUCCUGCAGCAUAAUGUGAUGUGGGACCUCUUUGAGUUUUGUGGUGCAACAUUCUUACUGUGUUCACAGAUUUUCAGAGAGAUGUGGACUGUCUCAGAGUUAGCUUGCCUUCUUGCUGCUGUGCGGCUGUUAUUAACCCCUCUACUGGACAGGUAACCUAAAUGCUUGGCUUGCCCCUGGUGUGGGGUUGUUCUCUACAGUGACUUUUGCAACCGUGCUCUCGUAGCAGGUCUAGCAUGUCGGUGUGCUUAGUUUGCCUUUCUUGCGAGGAUAUGAGAGGGGUGCUGACUUGCCCUGCAAGAUGUUUCCUCUUGGGUUUCACUCUGCUUCUCAAGCUUUAGCAGUCCUGUUCAGCUUUUGCUGAAGUCUCCUCAGGUGAUGGCAUUUCCUUGCUCAGCAGGAGCCAGCUGCAUCCUGUCCUUCAGCAGUUCUGCCAGAAGGCUGCAUGUAUACUGAGUAUGAUAUGCAAACAGAAUUGCUAUUGCAUAGAGUAGUUUAAGCAGGUCCUUGCCCUCUGGGCUCAUGCAUGUCUCUUUGGCCCUCCUUGGUGGACUCCCAUUGGCCAUCAGUGUUGCUAGGCAUGGACUCUAGCAACAGAGAGUUGACCCACUGGAAAACUGAUAGUGGAGGCUUGGCCUGCUGCUAAGCUUCUACUGCCCAGUGUUCCUGGAGCCCCAUCAUUGACUCUAUCCUAUACUAGGGGGAAAAUUGCAUACUACAGGGAUAGACAGCUGGGUACCUCCAAAUGUUUUGUGACCUAAUUCCCAUAAUCCAUGACUGUGGACCAUUCUGGCUGGGGCUUAUGGGGGUUGCAUUCCAAAAUACAGUAUCUGCAGCAUACCAGGUUGCUAAUUCCUGGCCUAGCAAAUGUUGGAAGAAAGGCAGGCUGGACCCAGGACAACAUGGCAAGUGUUUUUAAGUUAAAUUCCUUUACCCUUCAAAGGGGCUAAGAGGAAAGGAAACCCCGCUGUGUUCUGCUGUCCCAUAGCCACCUGCUUAGAAGAAGAAUGGGCGCAUCUUGUCUCUUUACUGGUCAGGACAGGACAGGAUUCAAGAGAACCAGUUACAUGGUGUAGGCUGGGGUGGUGGCGUAAGUUGCUUCUGCAUACACCAAGGCAAAGGCCAGUCCUGCUGCUGAGCAAUUCUGUGUCUUUCCCUUUGCUUCCUGAGAGCCAGCAGGCAGUCCGUAGAACCACAACCAUGUUGGGUUGCACAGACUGCAAAUGGGAGCCAGAGAAAUGAGCCUGGGGCGGUGCUCACCAGAAAGGGGGCUUCCUUGGGAAGUGGGAAUGUCAGCACAUUCCUUCUCCUGGAGGAUGGUCUCAUUCUAACCGCAUCCCCUUGUGGGAAGCAAGAUUACUCUGACUUGCCUUUCAGGUACUAUUUCAUGGCAAGCAACAUGAUUUCUGCACCUGAAGUGCUUUUCUUGCCCCUCCAACAUUUGGUCACACCUUAGUCACCUUAAGAAAAAACAGCAACAUCCCCCCCCCCUCACCCCAUGAGCAAAUGGGUGUAACUCUUAUCAGAGGUCUGUUAGACUGUUAGUGGAAGGUGGUGCUUUUAAUCUUUUCCCAAGCCAAAGUUUAAUCUCUCUUAUCUGUCUGCCCAUCUGCCUUUGUGCUGUUUAUGUUUUUUUUGAUCACACUUUUGUGGUCCAAAGCAGCUACAGAAAGUCCAGCAUGGUUAAUGAACCUUGAAUUGCAAUGCUAAGUUCUCUCCAUUUCCACAAGUGAGAAAAAUUCCAAGGACAGUGUUAGAGUAUUUGUUUUCUUUAGAUUUAUUUAUUUAUUAUUUAUUUAAAACAUUUUUAUGCCACCCCCAUUGCAACAAAGCCUCGGGGCAGCUCACAACAGAAACAAAAUACAUAAAGAAAUAACAAUAUAACAAUAAAAAUAUUUAAAAAUGAGUUACAGCACUGGAGAUUUACAGCAAUAUUUUAUAUGUAUCUACUCAAAAGUAAUAGCUCUGAAGUUCAGUAAAACUUACUUCCAGGUAAAUGCGUAUAGGUAGAUCUCAGCAUAUGCUGUCUUUGUCAUCCAUUCCAAAUGUUUGGGGGAAGAGAUUUCCAGCAAUCAAGGAAUGUUUUUUGUUGACCAAUCUCAUGUCCCAACACAGUUGCUCAGUGCUUCCGUUUGUCAUAUCUGUUUGUCCGGAUGAGUUUUAAUUGAGGUCAUCUAAGGAUGUGUACAUAGCCAAGAAGCAGAUGCUGAUCAAUCAUAUAUAUGCUUGACCCUUACCAGAUCCGGCUUGUAUGGGAGAAGUGGAGAAAAAAAAGUGGCCCAGCUGGCAGUAAAUACCUUGCUCUGGGAGGAAGCGAUUUAUGUAGAUACCGACUACAUGAAUGCGGGGGAGUGCAUGGGAGACAAGAGCAAGCUCUGCUGUUUCCCUCAUGUAAACUCCUAUGGGACAGGUCAUCAAAAACUGCCACCUGGGACUACUCUUUUAAACUGUAUUGGAUUUCUGCAUCCUAAGUGACUACUAGUCAGUUUCAAAUUGGCCACUGGCAAAUUUCCUGCUGCAGUGAAGUUACAAGGAUUGCUCUGCUAGGCAGCGAAGAAGGAAGUCUGGCUUGAAGUGGGAGCAUCCACAUUAUGGAAUGCAGCUUCCUCUUCCUAGUGGCAGUUAUAAAGUAGUGUUUUGGGGAAAUUGCCGAUAUCUUUAUUCCAGCAAGCACUUGUGGGAUGAAAUAUUACUAUUUUUUAAAAUUGUGGUAUUAGCUAUUUCUUAGUAAGUUUUCUGUUAUUUUAUGUCUUGCUUUAAGACAAUUAAUUGCAUGAUAUUGACUGUUUCAUGUUUCGGAUAUGCUGUAAUCCAGCAUAAACCCUCUUUGGAGACCAGUGAUGGGAUAUAAAUCCUAAAAUAAAACUACAUAUCAAAUUCUAUAACAAACUGUGAGGAAAAUUUUUAAAAUUCCAGAACUAUUAAGGCUGUAUUGAAAUUUGUUUAGAAAUUAGCAUUAAACUGACCUAUAUGCCUGCCUUGUUCCUUAAUGGUUGUAAAGUUGGGCUCAAGUAUGGGUUAACCCUUCCAGUGUUGGGACAUUUUGCCCUUCAGGUUAACGGAAUAGGGCACAAGGACUCUCCUGAUGAUCUCAGAAAGCGAGAGUUUUCUUAAGGGAGGUAUAGGCUCUACAGUCUGCUGGGCCAGCCUUGCACAUCCUUGAAUGUAAAGUGCGUGACAAAACACCCUGUUCAGGCUCAGCCCAGAGCUGGGUUGCAGCCCCCAGUGGGUUUUACCAAGGGAAUGAUGCAGUCCUUGACACAAAAGACGCUCUCCCACCCCAGAAGUGGAUCCAUAACGUAGCCAAAACAGCACAAGAGGGAGGUAUCAACAGGCUUGGGGAAGCCCCAAGCAGUGAAGAAGUUCCAGAUAAUCUCUGUGUGGAGAACCCUGAGGGUGGGGAACCCAAAACUGCAUAGUGAAGACUGAGCAUAAUCAGUGGGCACAGACUAUUGGCUGUUGCAGAGGUGAAACAAACAUGGAUGGCAGGAGUGGAGGAGAGCAUCCUACCCAACGUGGUGUACUGCAGAUUUUUUGGGGCUGCAGUGCUCAUUACCCUUGCCACUUGACCCUGGUGACUGUGGCUAAUAGGAGUUGUAGUCCAAAAUAUCUGGAGGGCACCGAGCUGGGGAAGGCUAGGCUAGGUUAUCUUGGAAGCUGGCCUGAACCCUGAACUAGAGUAAUUAAUAUUGCAACAUUGUGUUCUUAUGCAUUUACCCUCAGUAUUUCAGGCAGAAAGUUCAUGAGUCAGAGGCUGGGUUGCUGGCUUCGUGGCUGUGUCUGGAGACAGUUCUUCUGGUCGCUUUCCACAGUCAUGAAUCUCCUUCCUCCCCGCACUUCUGACCUGAGCCCUCCCACCACAUUGGUUCUUUGUCUUCCCAUUUGCUCCAGUACCGCCAGGCCAGGCAAAGAGCAGUGGAGUCUGAAACAGAAACCUGCUUUCAGUUGGAAAUGGAGGCAGCAUGUGUCAUGCCAAUGGAAUGUUCUCUGGGUCGAAGUUCCCAUGUGCAGGGCAGAAGCCCUGAGAAUUCCUUUUUGCAAGGGCAGCGGUUGUGCCUCAUUGUUUCUGGUUACUAACGCAUCACACAGCCUUGUGUGCACAUUCCAGCACUGGCCGCACCUUCUUGGCUUGAAUUUCACUCACACAAUGCACCUGCCAUUGGAUGUUUGGGAAGGGGAGGUGUGCACAAGGAAGAGAGGGGCAGCCAUCAAGUGCUGAGAGAGCAAAGCCGUUUUUUCUGUUAGGGAGCCCUGUUUGGCCCUCCAGGGUAUGUUCUGGGCACAGCGGUUCAGGCAGCCAUUUGUUCAGCUGAUAGAAUUUCCUUCCUGGACUCUUUCAGUAAAGAACCUCCACACCAAUAUAAGGCAGGAUUUAAUAACUGAAAGUAUUGCCAGCUCAGAGCCACAUUACUGAGUACUUUCCACAGGGGCGCAUGAGUCUGCUAUCAGCCCCAAAAGAUGAAUUGCUGCCUUGUUUCACCAGAUAUCUGUGCCAUCAAGGCUGCAUAACAGGUGCUUACUGUGCAGUGGGUGGGUGCAGUUACACCUGUAGGAUUUCUGUCUCUCUCAUACUUGUUGAAGGAACAACACAUCUACAGAUGGCAUAUGAGGCGACAGAGAUCCUGCCUGACAAGCAGGAUAAUUCUCCUUUAUAUGUAUAUGCCAGCAUAUUUUAACUGGAAGCCUUGACUGCCAGUCACUAAUCGUAAGGAGAGGCAUUUCAGCCUUUUUGAAUGGGGAAGAAACUGCCAAAGCUGAGAAACCACCCAGCGAACAGAAGGAUGUGCCCUUUUGGGAAGCCCAGGCACCACAGAGUACAGCUGGUGAGAGAUGCAAGAUUCUGGAGUGGAGACCAGAGUGGACAUGGGAAGCAACCUCAGGCUGCAUCUUUUCUCUGCCUGCCUUGGAGAUGCCAAGAAUUAAACCGCAACGUGUGUUCUGCACCUGAGCUGCAGACCUGACCGUAGGGGAUGGGAAGGCUGUUGAUCAAGUGAUGAGUAAAGGCUGUGCCCGGCUGAAGCCGCCCUGAGAGAGAAGCAGGCGCUUCUAAACCCUCGGUGGCUUGUGGGGUCUGCCCUGCACAGCGGCCCCCCUUCCAGUCUUUCUGGUAUUGUCAGAGAAUGACGCAUGAGCCUCACAGAGUGCCGCACUGUGCGGCCGUCCCUUGGCUGAGGGGCACACAUGUGUGGGUUGCUCUUGUGUUGGUCACUUCUACGAGCGAGCGUUGGUCACUGACAAUGGGAGUGAGACAUAGCAUUCAUGCUAAUUGGCUUCCAGACGUGGGAGACACCAGCCCAGCUGCCAGCAGACGCAGUGCAAUAGGCCUGCCUCAUCAGAAUUCAGCUCACGGCAGAAUAUGGAGACCUGACACACAAAGCAACAAAUCUGCCCUUGUGCCAGACAUUGCCCUGCUUUGAUUUUGCCAUUUGGCUCCUCAAAAGAAUGGCUAAGCCCAGUUGUUAGCCAACAAAGCAUCUUGAGCUCAGAGGAGCAAAAUCGCACCAUCUCUGCACUUCUGCAAAAGGUACUCCUAGAAGUCAAAGGAGUGCAUUCAAAAAUAUGCAUCACAUUGGGAGAUAGUGGGAGAAAGAGAAGCUCAGUUAGGCUUCAUUAGAGAGGGUGUGUGAACAAAUACAACUAUAUGUGAGGGAAAUGCACAAGACAGUGACCCUAGAACUUUCCUGCCUGCUCCGUGUUAUAAGGCACUCUUUUUGCUUAGCUGUUACCCAAAUGGUGUACGGGAGGGGUGCGGAUGACGGGAACGGGCCUCUGGUGGGUCUCUCGGGAAUGCUGCGGGGAAGGGGAGACAUUUUGCCUUGAAAAGAGCAAAUAGUUGAGAGUGCCCGGCCUGGGGUUGCUGCUGGGCCCCAGGAAUCUGCGUGUGAGCCCGAGCCAGGGGGCUGGCCUGGAUUAGACAAAAGUAGGUGGGAUAGAAAACCAGGAACCGGUCCUGCCGCCCGAACUUCCACGGGCCGUUCCGGACUGGCUAACAUCUCCUGGUGCCGUUCAGGUUUCGCGGAAGGGGCAGCUGCCUUUGCGCUCGCGAAUCGGUGGCUGUUGGCUGGCCGAGCAAAGUUGGAGUUGGGGUGCGGAGACGGGUGGGCGGCGCUGGGUCGCUGCUGCCGGGGGCUGCCGCCUGGCGUGUUGCCCUGCCGCGCAACGCAAGACCUCGCCGGGCAAGUAGGCUGUGCCCCCUGUUGCUAUCCAUGCCCUCGUGCAAUCCCUGCGUGGGCUCGGCUCAGCUCACCUUGCCAUUUUACUGGGCGAGGAUCUGCAGCGGCCUUCUCAGCAAAACCAGGGGGGAAAUGGCUUGGCAGGCGCGGGGUGGGCGGAGGUCGCUUCCUCCUCUCCGGAAUUUAGCUCCAGGCUUUGGAUCUGGCCAGCCCUGGACGGUCGCUCCCUCCGUGGGCCAUUGAGAUGCUAAUUCCCUAAGAGAAGAGUCCCGCCCGGAGGGCUGCUUUGUCCGGCUGCCUGCUAGCCCCCAUUUCUUCCCGGAUGGCCCCCAGUUGGAGCACCAGUGGGAACGGCUGCUGGACUCGGCUCGGUGAGGGACCUUAGGCAGAGGCUGGCAGGCACAGUUCGACGGUGGGAUUGCCUGGGUGCGGGCGCCUGAACCUCUCUCUCCCCCCAGCCCAGCCGAGCCGCUGGCGCUGAGCAAGAUCCGACCCUCAGCCGGAUCUCCCUCAGCCAAUUCCGGCAGCCUGCACCUGCCAGGGACGCCGAGCCACGCCUGCCCUCCUCCCCGCUGCCCCGCCGCCGCGGGGAGAAAGGUGUAGCCGGCCCUUUCCAAUGGACAGCGCGGUGAAUCUGUUCGUGGCGAAGGCAGUGCUGGGGGUUCAGUAGGCGACAGGUGGGGAAAAUUUGGGUGCAAGGUAUUCUCUCUGCCUCUCUUUUGCUACACCUUGUGAAUGCUUUCCCUCGAGCAAUAGAAAGAUGACCCAAAGAUCAUAGCAGCCUUCCUCUGCCUGGUUCCCUUCAGAUGUGUUCCCAGAGGGGAUUCAUGGGAGCUGCAAUCCAACACAUCUCCCAUAAUGUAGGAUAAGCCAGGACACUUAAGCUAACUACUUCUUAACUCCUAGGUUUCUCCCUUGCUUAUUUAUUUGCAUCUCUGUUGGGAUUCUGUUCUGCCUAGGUUCGGUGGUGCAGAAGGAGAUGAGCGCAAGUGCUGGGUUAUGUCCACACAAUCCCAUUCCUGUGAGCCUUGGCAUGUGGCAGGCAUAGUAAACAAACUGGGAGUCUAAAGCAGUGACUCAGCCCCAGUAAUUUGUUUCCAGCAGCUACAGAUAAUGAUUUAAUUGCUUCAAAGAUACGAUACUGUCAGAGUAUCUUACUGCUUAUGUUUGGCAGGUUAAAGAUGUAGGAAUUCUGAAGGAUGCAUUAUAUCCUUACUAGUAACACCUGGUGGGUUUGAAUUUUCAUGGAAUUGCUUGAAUCUCUUAAAGCCUUUUUCUGCUCUUACUAUUCAUCCUUGUUACUUCUGGUAGUAGGGAAUUCCAUAGCCACUGUGCUUGAGAGAGAAUAUGUCUUCAUUUAUAUUUGGGUGAGGUAUGGUUCUGGGUCUAUAGAUGAAAAAAAUGAUGUAAUCCUAUGCAGGUUUGGACAGAA